GCCGUUGUUACCAACUCCUCUCAUAUAGCAGAAGCUUUUCUUUUAAAGACAUUAUCCACCUGUAUCCCUUAAACACAUUUACACCGGUAAAUAGUGUCUGACUUCAGUCUGUGGGGAUUUCUCUGAAAGCACAAUGUUGAGAAUUUGCAGCAGAGCUCUGGUGAAGGCGGGGAUGGUGAAGCCCUGGCAAUUGGUGAAACCUGUAUCAUCGACUCUGGUUGCUGGAAGAAACCUGAGCCAGCAGAAAGAACUGCCCAAGCUGCCUGUCCCCACUUUGCAGCAGACCUGUGAGCUCUACCUGAGCUACGUGGAGCCCAUGGUGGAGGUGAAAGAGCUACAGCGCACAAAAGAGCUGGUGGAAGAGUUUCAGAAAGCAGGAGGUGUUGGAGAAAGACUGCAGAGAGGCCUGGAGAGGAAAGCAGACAACACUGAGAACUGGUUAACAGACCAUUAUGUGAUCACUGAUCAUCUCAGCAAACGUUUGGCCCUCUUGGCUUGGUCUGGGGUGAUUUUUCCACGAAUGGAUUUCAGAGAUAAAAAGGGACAAAUAAGGUGUGCUGCUCAACUCAUUACAGCUGUGUUGGAAUUUAAGACAAUGAUUGAAAAUGGUACACUACCAGCUGACUACAUAAGAGGGCAGCCGCUGUGUAUGAAGCAGUACGAGCAGAUUCUGUCAUCCUGCAUUGUCCCUGGUCUGGAGAAAGAUUCAGUGGAGUUCUACGCAGAGAAACACAUCACUGUUGUACACAACUCUCAGUUCUUUGUGCUGGACGUGUACAACAGUGAUGGGACUCCACUGACAGUUGAUCAGCUCUGUGUUCAGCUGGAGAGGAUCUGCAACUCCUCACUACAGAACAACGUGGAGCCUGUCGGCAUCCUCGCCACCCAGCAUCGUGCCACCUGGAGCAAAACCUACACCGACCUCAUCAAGGAUAAGACCAACAAAGAAUCGGUGUUGGCUAUCCAAAGCAGCAUCUUCACAGUGUGUUUGGAUGGAGCGAUGCCGCCGGAUGAGACGUUUGACAACAAUGCCACUGACUCGAUGCUGCACGGAGGAGGCAGUCAGUGGAACAGCGGAAACCGCUGGUUUGACAAGGGGCUGCAGAUAAUUCUUGGAGAAGACGGGUUAUGUGGUACUAACACCUCGAAUGCCACCGCUGAUGGUGUAGUCGUUGUGGACAUGUGCGCACGUUUGUUACCCCUAAUGAGAAAGCCACAGGUGGUGCAGUCUCCCUUGGAGCCGCUUCCCGAACCCCAGAGACUACACUUCAACAUCACACCAGAACUCAAGAAGGACAUUGAGGAGGCCAAGCGGCACCUGCACACAUGGGCACAAGGCCAGGGUAUGAGGACUACGGUAUUCAAACACUUUGGGAAAAAUCUUAUAAAGGCCUUCAAGUUGAGCCCUGAUGCUUUCGUGCAGAUGGCGAUACAGCUGGCCUACUACAGAAUACACCAGCAGAUCCCUGCAGCGCUGGAAUGUGUCUCCAUGCGUAACUUCAGAGUGGGCCGUUUAAGUUUUACCAAUAUAAACUUGCCUGCCUCAGUUACCUUUGUCAAGGCCUUUGAUGACCCUAACAAACAGAACUCAGAGAAGAUUGCUUUAUUGGAGAAGGCUAUAAAGGCACACACAUGGCACACUAACUUGGCAAGGGAUGGCCAUGACAUAUCCAGCCACCUCUGGGCUCUGAAGAUGCAGGCUGUUGAGCAAAAAAUCUCAAUGCCUGAGAUCUUCACAGACAGCUCCUUCUAUAAAACCUUAGACAAGGACAAGGUGGAACUCUAUUCAAGUCAGGUACACAACAAGGCUGGAUGUCGGGUAUGUUUUUCCAGUGAACCUGGAAGGUACGAACUCGUCUAUGGAAUCAAGAAUGAUAACAUUGAACUCAGCUUGACCUAUAAAGACCAUGGGGCCAAUGAGGUGCAGUUUGCACUGAUUGAUGUGUUGCAGGAUGCACUGUUGGACUUGAGGACCCUGCUGGAACAAACUAAAGAGCUGAAGCUAAUCCAGACUUAAACCAAUAGUGUGACAUAUUAUUGCAGAGUUAAGAUGAUAAUAUAUAAACAUUCAGGAGUUCCAACUGGUACACCAUUGCUUUAUACAGACUAUAAUAUUGUAAUUAUAAACGAU